AAUAUAAAUAAUAAGCGUAAACAGUAAAUAAAGAGUGUUAUUGGUUUUCAAAAUGGACUACGUUUAUUGUGGCGGCGCCGACCCAAUCGGCGCGACAGAAGACAUUUUAAGUGUCUAUGAUACUGGUCCCGCGCGUACUGCGGAUCAUUAUUCCCCCAGUUUCAAUGGAUUUAAUAUUGGCUCCAGCGAUGCGGAUUAUGUCGCUAGCCCAAUUCCAAUUCUUGCUGACGGCGGUGAAAACUUCGGUGUCUCUACUGUGGCCUUCGAUGACUACGAAGAACUUCUCUGGAUGGGCAACCAAGGCGGUCAUGUGACGUCGUACUAUACUAGCUCCUUGCAGAAAUACACAUCAUUCCAGGUGCAUGCCAGCGAUAUAGUCCGUCAAAUCAUUACGAUUGAUUCGGGAGUUUUGGUAUUAACACAGACAUCGCUGCGCCAUCAGAUACGCCGGGGAUUACCAAAGUUUACGCACAAAUCCAAUAAUAUGGUUGAAAUGGUGUGCAUGCUGCAGUUGUCGCCACAUCGAUUGGUCAUGGCUGGUCUGCAGGAGGAGCUCAUCGACUUUGACAUGCGCACCUUGAAGGAGACGCGGCUGGAGCACGUAGGAUCUGCUGGUUGCACGGUGCUUCGCAAGAAUUCUCGCUAUCUCUUUGCAGGCGAUCAGUUUGGUACAGUCACUCUGAGAGAUUUAAAUACCCUAAGUGUGGAGCAUACAAUUAAAACGCAUACAAAUAGCCUAUCCGACUUCGAUGUGCAGGGCAAUUACCUUAUAUCGUGUGGCUAUAGUGGAAGGCAAAACAAUUUGGCGAUUGAUCGUUUCUUAAUGGUUUACGAUCUGCGUAUGCUACGAUUGAUCUCCCCUAUUCAAGUGCUAAUCGAUCCACAAAUGCUAAAGUUCUUGCCUUCGCUGACAUCUCGUCUGGCCGUCGUAUCGAGCUAUGGUCAAUUCCAGCUGGUUGAUACUGUGGAACUGAGCGAGCCUCGCGUUUCUAUGUAUCAAAUCAAUACGAAUGGCAGCCAAUGCUUGAGCUUUGACAUUAGCUCCUCAUCGCAAGCGAUGGCAUUUGGCGAUCAAUCGGGGCAUAUUAAUACAAUAACCUCCAUACAGACGCCACAGCCGCAAUUUAAUGCGUUUUCCAGAAACACAGAAUUCGCAGACGUGGUGCCGCAGUUGCCGAUGGUUCCCUUUGCGGAUACUAAUUUUCCGUUGUCCUCGGUUUUAUUGCCGCAUCUGACUACGGGCACACGUUGGUUCUCCGACUGGCCGGAGGAGCUCUUGCGCUAUAACUAUCAUCGUCCAAAGGCCAUUGAUGCAGAUGUUCUAAAUAAUAUGAAGAUGCAGGGACCGAUUGGCUAUUCGCCCAAUCCAAGAACUGCCCGACGUAAUCAAAUACCCUAUUGCCUGAUUGAACAAGGCCAAGGCGGUGCAGGCAUUCCGAAUGUAAAUGGCAACACGGCAGCUACGAAAGCAGAAAGCGGCGUGAAGAUCAUACCGAGGCGUUAUCGCAAAGUGGAAAUGAAAUAUACGAAGCUAGGCACACAGGACUUUGAUUUCGAGCAACAUAAUCAGACUUGUUUUGCCGGACUAGAAGCCACCUUGCCCAACUCUUAUUGCAAUGCCAUGCUGCAGAUCCUCUACUUCACGGAGCCUUUGCGCAUAAAGCUUAUGAAUCACACCUGCUCGAAGGAGUUCUGCUUAUCCUGCGAACUGGGCUUCCUCUUUCAUAUGCUGGACAAAAGCACUGCUUCAACCCCUUGUCAAGCGAGCAACUUCUUGCGCUCAUUUCGCACAGUGCCUGAAGCAUCCGCUUUGGGCCUGAUUUUGUCUGAUCGAUCAUCAAAUGUGAAUCUGAUUACCCUAAUUCAGAACUGGAAUCGUUUUAUMUUACAUCAAAUGCAUUAUGAAAUUCUCGAUUCAGGCAAGAACUCUGGUAUCAAUGGACCACAAAAUACAUUAUUUGCUGAAAGUAUGUGUACAGAUAGCAACUCGUCGUCAGAAGCGUAUGAAACAAUUGCUGAUGAUAAUACGAAGGAGGAGGAAAGGGAACGUUGUAAAAUUAAUGCUGAAACGGAUAUAAGUAAAAUAUUUGGCACCAAACAAAUAUGCAUAAACAGAUGUAUAAAAUGUCAGGCAGAGAAAUCAAAAGAGAACAUACUGUUGGCCUGCAAUUUAUCAUAUCCCACGCACCUGAAGGACAAUGAACAGUAUUUUGAUUUUGGCAAUAUUUUGAAACGCUCAUUGAGCUCAGAGAAAAAUAUUCAAGCAUUUUGUGAGAGUUGCAAAAAGUUUUCGCCGACCAAUCAGAGCGUUAAGGUAACAUCAUUGCCGCAAAUACUGGCGAUUAACUGCGGCCUGAAUAAUGAAAAGGAUAUUAGUUUCCUGAAACGUCAAUUGAAUCGCACGAGUGAGCGACCUGUUGCCGAGGCAACCUCUUUGAGCACCAGCAAACCUUGUCGCUAUGGUGUCAACUGUUCUCGCAGUGAUUGUCAUUUUAUGCAUCCUGAUAGGAAGUCCCCAUCGCACACCAAUCAAACGACCAAUGUCAACAGCUCACCGAGUGCGCGUCAAAAGUCCUGGUUUCCCUUGGCCUUUAACAUGGGCAUCAGUGAGACGGGCGAGCUAAACGUGCUCUCGCCCACGCACGCCUCCAAAUCCGAGUCAGAGGAUGAGGAGCAGCAACAGCAGCAACAACAACAGCAACAGGAGAACCAGAUACAAAAGAUGUAUGCACUGCAUGCAGUUGUCUGCCAGGUGGACGAUGGCACCCAGAAGAACUUGGUUUCCUUGAUCAAUGUGCGACCCAAGUAUCAUUCAAUGAAGGCAGCCACUUCAGACGUGGAUGAAACUCAACAGCAGUGGUAUAUAUUUAAUGAUUUUAGCAUUUCACCUGUUGCGCCACAAGAAUCCGUGUGGUUCACAUUGGAUUGGAAGGUGCCGUGCGUGCUUUUCUAUCGCAGUCUAGAAGACGAAGCAGAAGCAACACCAAGUACAGAAGACCCAAACCCCACGAAAAGCAGCGAUUCAAUCAAUAGUCCAGCUAAUCCAUUCUUGCACGAAAUUUUGAAUCCGUUGCCCAACAAUCUCGCCACUGAUGCCACUUUACGACCCUUGCAACCGGAUGAGAUGCCAAAAGCAGGCGAUUUAAUAGCCAUGGAUGCGGAGUUCGUAACACUGAAUCCGGAAGAAAAUGAAAUACGUCCGGAUGGCAAAACAGCAACAAUUAAACCUUGCCACAUGAGCGUCGCCCGCAUCUCCUGUAUUCGAGGUCAAGGUCGCGAUGAGGGCGUGCCCUUUAUAGACGAUUAUAUUUCAACACAGGAGAAGGUCGUUGAUUAUCUAACACAGUUUUCGGGCAUUAAGCCCGGCGAUUUGGAUGCCAAUUUCAGCAAUAAGCGUUUGACUGCCUUAAAGUAUUCGUAUCAGAAAUUAAAGUUUCUUGUCGAUGUGGGCGUCAUAUUUGUUGGUCAUGGCCUAAAGAAUGAUUUUAGAGUCAUUAAUAUCUAUGUACCAUCCGACCAAAUUAUUGACACUGUACAUCUGUUUCAUCUGCCGCACCAUCGCAUGGUUUCAUUACGUUUCUUGGCCUGGCACUUUUUAGGCACUAAGAUACAAUCGGAAACACAUGACUCCAUCGAGGAUGCUCGCACAACCCUUCAGCUCUACAAACACUAUUUACAGCUGCAGGCUGAAAAGAAAUUUACGCUCGCAUUGAAAAAUUUAUAUGAUCGGGGCAAGCAAUUACAAUGGAAAGUGCCGGAGGACUAAAAUCAAAAAUGAACGACAGAAGAGACGGAGAGAAAGAGAGAGAGA